AUGCCUGGAAAUAUCCCCGUUUGGGUUGACUGCGAUCCAGGUCACGAUGACGCGUUUGCGAUGAUUCUUGCCGCACAACACCCAGCAUUCAACCUGCUCGGUAUCAGCACAAUUCAUGGCAAUGCCUCAUUGUCGAGCACAACAAAGAAUGCACUGAGUGUAUUGACUGCGCUCAAUCGUACAGAUGUGCCUGUCUACCCAGGUGUCGAGAAACCAUUCUGCCGCCCUCAUCCUCAACCGGCCGCUGACGUCCACGGCGAGUCUGGAAUUGAUGGCGCCGAGGAUCUGCCGGAACCGAUGGUCGGGCCAAAGACCGAUAAGCACGCUGUGAUUGCCAUGCGGGAUGCUCUGCUGGCACAACCGAAGGGCACGGCCUGGCUCGUGCUCCUAGGAUCCUUUACCAAUAUAGCGCUACUGAUGAGCCUAUUCCCAGAGGUUGCGGACCACAUUAAAGGGCUUACUAUAAUGGGUGGAUCUAUUGGAGGAGGAUUCAAUGAUGCCCCAAAAGCCCAGAAGGCGGGAGAAACAGACCGAGUCGGCAACGUUACUCUCUGGGCUGAAUUCAAUUGCCAUUGUGACCCAGAGUCUUCGAGGGCCAUCUUCUCUAACCCAACCCUGGCUGCUAAGACGACCCUCCUCCCACUCGACGUUACUCACUUGGUGUUGUUCCGACGCGAGUACAAAAAGACUCAAAAUCUCGACGGACCCCUUCAUGACCCAACUGCUGUCGCGGUCAUCCUUGACAGCGAAGGCGUGGAAAAUAUUGGAUUUGAUUACAGAGAUGAAGAGCGCUUUGAAAUCGAUCUGGUCUUAGAAGGCGAGCAGAUUGGGCGAAGUAUCGCCAAGAAGCUUCCACCUGGUUCAGAGGGCGUUAGAAUCCCGAGAGGUCUCAACGUGCCUGAAUUUUGGCGUGUCCUUGAGCAUGCACUCUUUGUCGGCGAAAAUGUCAGCCGGAAAGAUUGA